CUCUCUCUUAUUUGUCGUCGACACCACUCCGAAGAGAGGGAGAGAGGGGGAGAGGGAGAGAGGAGAAGAGCGGAGGAAGAAGAAGAAGAGGGAGAGAUCCAUGGCGAAGAAGAGGAAAUCAGACGCGGCGCACCUCGACGAGGUGGAUCGGACGAUGCACUCCACGUUCUGCAGCGCCGCGAACUCGCUCUCGCAGAUCUUCACCCACGCCAUGGCCCAGCAGAAGCUCGCCUUCCAAGCCGGGGAGCGCCACAGCAUGGAGAAAGUCUACCAGUGGAUUUUGAGACACCAUGAGGAAGGUUCAAGGGUUGCGGUUGCGGAUGUAGCUUCGUACCUACAGAACGAAAUCAAUAUUGGAGGAGAGGAGGUAUCAAUGUCUCCUCGUUCACAAUUCCCGAAUCAGCAUACUCAAUCUGUAUUACACUUUGCAAGCACAACACCGCAGAAUCCUUCUUCUACAUCUGGACAAGUGACUUCUCUCUCCUGCCUGGCCCAACAUAGCCUUCUGCCUUAUCACCUGGUCCAAUUGGGAGGGUAUCACUCAACCAAUGUCUUGCCUAAUGGAAAUACAUCUCGGAACAAUGAUGUGAACUCAAAUGAUUCAUCCAUGGAUAUGCAUUCUGAUGGCCUGUGAACCGUUCAAUGGUUUUGGAAACAUAAUUGUUAAUUCUGAUUUGUGUCGAGAUUUACUGCAACCACCUGCCCCAGAAAUUGUUAAAGUUCGAGGUGCUAAAAGAAAAUACGUCUUAACAAUUUCACAGCAUAUCCGAAGUUGUCAGGAGUACUUAUUCUGUGCUUGUGAGCAGUUUUCCCUGCUUUGUUUGGACAUUUAGACCUUUUUUAUCUUCUAUUUCGAAUUUUCCCUUUUUUUUUUGUUCCCUUUGCUUAUGAGAUUAUGGGUUGUCGUGGUAAAGUCUUAGUUUUGUAAUUUCUCUUUUUUUCUCAUUGUAAUUAGUCCUGUAACUUUUUUUUGUUUCCUUUUUUUGAUAGUCAGUCCUGUAAUUUCUAGUAUAUUUAAGGGCAGUGGAUAGUACAUAUUGCCAGCUUAUGCUUAACUAUUACUUUGGGUUAGGAUAUUUAGGUCGUUA